AUGCCGGUUGAGUUUGUGGGUUUGUUGGGGGCUGCCUCUUCGCUGCUGAGUGGAGGCAAAGCUGCUGCAGCAGCAGCAGUUGCUGCUGGCAGCAGCAAGUCAGCAGCAGCAGCAGCAGCAGCAUCGUUGCUCAAGGUGGGGGGGGUAUCUCAUCUGCUGCAUGCGAAGGGAACUGCUGCUGCUGCUGCUGCAGUUGACGGAACAGCUGGGGGCUGUCAGCUGCUAGCUGCUGCAGCAAGACACAGCAGCACAGCAGCAGCUCCCUCUUCUCCCCUGAGCAGCGCAGCAUCAGCAGCAGCAACUGCAGCAACAACAGCAGCAGCAGGUAGCAGCAGCACCACAACUAUUCCUGCUGCAGCAGCAGCAGCACUCUCAACCAAAUCUACAUCUGCUGCAGCAGCAGCAGCAGCAACAACAACCACCACCAACAGCCACUGCUUCGCACUCUCAAAAGCUUCUGCUGCUUCUGCAGCAGCAGCAAAAGGGGUACCACAACAGCAACAACCAACAGCCACUGCUUCGCACUCUCAAAAGCUUCUGCUGCUUCUGCAGCAGCAGCAAAAGGGGUACCGCAUCCCCCUACAUCUUUGGGGGUAUUGGGUAAAACCCAGGCAAGGGGGCCCCCCACUAGGGGCCCACCUGCGCAUACACCGCAGCGUCCAGGCUCUGCUGCUUCUGCUGCCUCUCACCAAGCACUGGGGAGGGGUGGGGGCCCCCAGGCUCGAGCAGGACGUGGGGGGGCCUCGGGGGCCCCCGGGGGCCCCGGGGGACCCGGGGGCCCCCCAACGUCCGGGGGGCCCCCAGCACCUGGGGGGCCCCCCAUAUCAGGGGAGAAGAGCGUGA